AUGCUGGGUCUCGGCAUUGGCUUCUUCAAUCAUCUGCUGCUCGCCCUAACAGUCUCUGCUUCAUGCAGGCACCCAUGUACUGACCAUCCUCUUUGUGCUCCCUUCUGCAGAGCUCCCACCAUGGUUAAUGAGACCCAGCAGAGCUGCAGCGGCAGCUCCAGCUCCAGGUCGGAUGGCGGCAGCAGCAGCAGCGGCAGCGAGGGCUCCAAGGACAGCUCGCGCUGCUCCACGCCCGUGCUGGACGCCGAGCGCCACGAGCGGCUGCGGGACAAGAUGCGCCGCCGGCAGGACGCUGGCGACAAGUGGUUCUCCCUCGAGUUCUUCCCUCCGCGCACGGCCAAUGCUGCUGUCAAUCUCAUCUCCAGGUUUGACCACAUGGGAGCAGGUGGUCCCCUCUUCAUUGAUGUGACGUGGCACCCUGCAGGGGACCCAGGAUCUGACAAGGAGACCUCUUCCAUGAUUAUUGCUUACACUGCAGUGAACUACUGUGGCCUGGAGACCAUCCUGCACAUGACCUGCUGCAACCAGAGCAAGGAUGACAUCACAGGGCACCUGCAGAAGGCCAAGAGGCUCGGGCUGAAGAACAUCAUGGCCCUGCGUGGAGAUCCUGCUGGUGAAGAAUGGGAGGAAGAAGUGGAUGGUUUCAACUACGCUGUUGAUCUGGUUAAGCACAUUCGCAAUGAAUUUGAUGAUUACUUCGACAUCUGUGUGGCAGGCUACCCCAAGGGUCAUCCUGAAGCAGAGAGCUAUGAGGCAGACCUGAGGCACCUGAAGGAGAAAGUCUAUGCAGGAGCAGAUUUCAUCAUUACACAGCUUUUCUUCCGACCAGAAACCUUUCUCAAGUUCAUGAAGGAUUGUCAAGCCAUUGGCAUUACCUGCCCCAUUAUUCCUGGCAUCUUCCCUAUACAGGGCUACCACUCCCUGCGCCAGCUGGUGAAGCUCUCCAAGCUGGAAGUGCCCCAGGAAAUCAAAGAUGUGAUUGAGCCCAUCAAGGACAACGAUGCAGCCAUCAGGAACUACGGGGUGGAGCUGGCAGUGUCCAUGUGCAGGGAGCUGCUGGACAGUGGGAUGGUGCACGGGCUCCACUUCUACACCCUCAACCGCGAGGUGGCCACCACCGAGGUGCUGAAGCGCCUGGGCAUAUGGAACGAGGACCCCAGGCGGCCUCUGCCCUGGGCAGUCAGUGCCCACCCCAAGAGGAGAGUGGAGGAUGUCAGGCCAAUCUUCUGGGCCUCCAGGCCAAAGAGCUACAUCUACAGAACCCAGGAGUGGGAUGACUUCCCCAAUGGCCGAUGGGGUAACUCCUCCUCUCCUGCUUUUGGGGAACUGAAGGACUAUUACCUUUUCUAUCUGAAGAGCAAGUCUCCCCGUGAGGAGCUUCUGAAGAUGUGGGGAGAAGAACUGACUAGUGAGGAAAGUGUCUUUGAGGUGUUCACAUGUUACAUCACUGGAGAGCCCAACAAGAAUGGGUACAAGGUCACAUGUAUGCCUUGGAAUGACGACCCUCUUGCUACUGAAACCAACCUCCUGAAGGACCAGCUGGAGAAGGUCAACAGAAGGGGAAUCCUGACCAUCAACUCCCAGCCAAACAUCAAUGGCAAACCAUCCACAGACCCCAUUGUGGGCUGGGGGCCCAGUGGAGGUUAUGUUUUCCAGAAGGCAUACCUAGAGUUCUUCACCUCCAGUGAAAUUGUCAGGGCACUGCUCAAAGUGCUGAGGAAGUAUGAACUGAGAGUGAACUACCAUAUUGUCAAUGUCAAGGGUGAGAAUAUCACCAAUGCUCCAGAUCUGCAACCCAAUGCUGUCACCUGGGGCAUCUUCCCAGGCAGGGAGAUCAUCCAGCCCACUGUAGUGGAUCCUGUGAGCUUCCUCUCCUGGAAGGAUGAGGCCUUUGCACUGUGGAUUGAGCAGUGGGCCAAGCUCUAUGAAGAGGAAUCGCCCUCCCGCAUGAUCAUCCAGUACAUCCAUGACAAUUAUUACUUGGUCAACCUGGUGGACAAUGACUUCCCACUAGAAAACUGCCUCUGGCAGGUGGUGGAGGAUACCUUUGAGCUGUUGAACUCUCCAACUCAGCAGUGAAAAUUCUUCUCCUAAUCUCUUACUUCCUCCUUCCAUCCACUGACUUCGGGAAUGCAGCAGCUCCUGUGUGACAAUGAACACACUCCCACACCGUGAGCAGGGUGGUGCUCUCAUCUACCCUCACUUUGUGCUCCUCUGUCCCCACACCAAGGCUGCCUGAGCCAUUCUCACUGAACACUAGCCAGAACUGCCUGAACCUCUGAGCCGAGGCUCCAGACUAAGCCCAAAGGCCGGGGUCUGCAGGAUGAAGAGCUGCUAAUCAUGGUUAAGCUAAUUACAGUAACUGAAGAACACCAGAUUCUGGUAACUUUCCCCUCUGGUAACUUUCCUGUGCCAGAAAUGCUGGCAGGGGAACAGAAACACUCCUGUCAGAUGUACCUGUGCAAGGGGAUUAUAUCAACAGUUACCAGCCUGGAAAAGAAGGUCAAAUUGCUUUUAUAUUGCACUCUUAAAAUAUAUUUCACAGUUGAUCAUCAGGCACUUUUGCACUCACUCCAGAAGAAGGUUCAAAUUUUCUUCCUAACUUUUCUCUUUGUAUUGUAUUUCCUGUUUUCUUUUUAAUAGGACUAUGGGAAUUUCCAUUUUGAUAAAACUAAGUAGGAAUCAUACUACUUCCUAGAUUACAUACAA